AUGCUGACCCCGGCUACCACGUAUCUUACAUCCGGCCGGGCUACCCCCUCCCGACCACCAUCCAUGGUCAGUGCUCGGCCACCUUCAUCCCUCACCGUUCACAAGAAACGACGAGGCUCGACUGCAUCCGAUGCAAUGGGCACCAGAGCAGUGACGACAGGCCACAUAUCCUCCUUCACCUCGCCCCCACCCGCUGUCGCCCCUCUCCCUUCCUCAACCGGAAGACGCCUUUCAGUGUCUUCCGGCUAUUCAGUCGGGGACGCCCACUCCCCCGGCAAAACCGCUGCUGCCUCCAUGGCCAAUGAAUCUCGCUCCACUCCACUGGGCUUAGCUGGUCCUAAGCCGCGUGUUCGGUACGAAUCCAUGAGCCCAGAGGGUGAAGCCUGGGUUGCAGAUGUCCUCCAAAAGACCCGCCGCUCCAGCUCCCACAACCCACCCCAAUUCGCACUGAGCAUUCCGCCAGACCACGAUGCUGAUGACCGAUUUGAUAUUGGCGAAGGCAGCGUGGCUGGACACUCCUUACCAAAAGUCCGCAGCAUUGGUGAUAUCGGGUCUAUCGGCACAAGCAGGCGAAUCGUGCUGAAAGGUCUUGGAUCUCGCAGACCGUGA